AUGGAUGAUAAAGGAGAUAAAUAUGAUUAUAGUGUAUCCCCAAAAUAUGAUGAAGGUAUCAUUGCUGUUGAUAUUGCAAACAAUGUUUUAGUAGAUUCUGUGACAACAAUGCCACAAACAGCAAUUUCUUCAAACAUAAUAGAGGCGGAGGAAAGCAAUGGCAAAGAUGAAGACUCAAGUAAGUUAACGUUGGCCUAUGAGCGAUUAUAUGAAAUACCAAGAACAAUAGUUGAGAAGUUUUCCAACUAUGUCCAGUACUUGGAUAUCAGUCAUAAUAAGAUUACAAAUUUAGAGCCUCUUGUUCACUUCAAACACCUUACAUCACUGAUAGCAGAUGACAACCCUGUUACAGAGAAUUGCUUUCUACCACCGUUACCUAAACUGGAGUUGUUAUGGCUUAAUUAUUGUAAAAUAGCAUCCCUGUAUCCCUGGGUGGGGAAAUUGAAGGAGUCAUGUCCAAAUUUACAAUAUCUAUCACUUAUGGGGAAUCCCGCCGCGCCUAGUUACUUCAAUGGUGGUACUUUUUAUGAGUACUUGCAGUAUAGGCUAUUUAUAAUAUCCCAAUUCCCUUCCCUCAACCAUCUUGAUGACCGCAAAAUUACAGAAGACCAAAGGGAGGAAUCGCACAGAUUAUACAAAAGACCACUCUUACAGAGAAUAGGCCGUCCCAACACUAGUAUUUCCAAUUUUAUGAAUAGCUCUGUGUCCUGGAGUAAUGUACAGAGUAAGUUGACGUUUUUAUGGGGAAACAGAGAAGGUAGAAACCUCUUAAUAUGA